GAAAACUGAGUCACAGUGUCCAGAGCUGUUGACAGUCUUCGAUCUUGGUUCCCCUCGUGAGGACCUCCAAUGGCCACAAGAUACAAGAGGUAAGUAGGCCAGUAGAUUCAAUAAUAUGAAAUCGGGGGGAGUUCCCUCCAUCCCGUUGACAUAGGUACAACCAACCGUAAGGAAUUUCGCGCCAACGGGACCACUGACUGAGAUCCUUAGCGGGAAGUUCUCUGAACCAAAUAUGGGCUCCACGAUCUUCACAGUGGUCGAUCAGCUGCCGAGCAUUGAAUCCCCUUCGACAUUGGUCGAACAUGAUGUCGAGCUCAGAAUGACUUUGUGCGGCUCCCGGAAUCGAAGGAGAGAUUGUUAACCGACCUUGUUCCUCUCAAUUUUCGAUUCUCGCCGUGAGGGCGAUUGGCUUGUGCAGCAGACCGUCUUGGUUUUUCAGCCCAAUAAAGUCCUCUCGAAUACUGAGCCCAGUUUGUCUGAUGACAGCGAAUUGUGAACCCGUACCAUUUGAUAUCAUUAUGUAGGCAGAGUGCCACGGUGAUCAUCUUGAGUUUGUUUUAGAAGGCUGAGCUCAGAUUGUUUCCAGCUGUUCAGAUUUUCUUGCAUUCUUGAUAUCUCCACAUAUGUUCUAGGAUUGCGCUAAGCUCUCCCACUGUCCUGGAGAAACAACGUCUACCAUAACGAUACAAGUAGUCGUGAUGGCAACUGAAACGAGAAAACUCUGUUUUCGUAGUGCACGAGAAAGCCUGCUAGUUUUCAGCACUUGAAACGGUGAUAGCACUUCAUUGGCGAUCCACAUUGCUCGGCAAGUUUGACAGCAAAAGUGGCUAAUGUGCACAAAGGGGUAUCCAGUUUCCACUUUCCAGUAUUAGGCACUUGUGUGCCCUGCGGGAUUGCAGUGUUGCUCUCUUGAGAGCCAUCCACCGAGGUCAUCAUGGCACGGCGUCAAGCUCGUAAAAGCUCGUGAAAGCUCGUACAUCGAGCUCCAAUUUUGACGAUUUGUGCAUGGAGCGAAGUUUCUCUAAGACCGAAAAGAGAAGCAGGCAUCCGGGAAACACAGGCUGCAGGCUGGUGUAGAAGUGCACUAGCACACGAGCUGUUCUGAGCUGACACCACUCUUGAGCUGUAAUCCCAGGGGCAGCUUCGCAAACACUUGCAGAGAUGCAGAUGCCAUGUGAAACUCUCGAUGGUCCAUGUAUGGUGUGCAAAAUAGUGCCUCCAAAUCACCAGGUCCUCAUAUGCGAUGGUUGCGGUAGUGGAUGGCACAUGCAGUGCCUAGUCCCACCCCUUUCUUCUGCACCAGAUGGUGAGUGGAAGUGUGUCGAUUGCGAGCCUGGGACAGUCACUCUCGCAGACCCUCCUUCUGGAGUGGCCGAGAACGGUAUAGUGAACCAGGUCCGAGCAAUUCACGCCGAUUCGUCUUUGAGCGAAGAGGAGAAAGCCAGGAGGAUCAUGAAUCUGCACUGUCCGACCGCCUUGCAAAUGCCCCGUGACACUGCGCUUUCAGGUCAAGGCAGUGACGGCAGAGGAAGGCGAAGUGAAGUUCGAACCAAGAAAACCGCUGCAAUGGACCAGCUCAACGAGAACCUCAAAUGCAUGAUUUGCCUGAAUCUCGUCGACCGACCCGUCACCACGCCAUGCGGACACAAUUCGUGCCUGAAGUGUUUCCAGAAGGUGGUGUCCGGGGGAAACCACAAGUGCCCUCACUGCAGAGCUCUCAUCCCCCCGUCGAUGAGAAACAACCCGCGAGUCAACUCCGCGCUGGUCAUGGCGAUCCGACUGGCAGCGCUGGCGGCCAACUCGUCGUCGACAUCGUCCGUGAAAGCUCCCGCGGGGCCUCCCAAGGCCUACCAUCACAUCGAGAACGAGAAGAGGCCCGACCGGUGCUUCACCAGCGAGAGGGCCGUCAAGACUGGCAAAGCCAAUGCCGCCAGUGGCAAGAUUUUCGUCACCGUGCCGCCCGAUCACUUCGGCCCCAUCACGGCGGCGAACGAUCCUGAGAGGGGCCAGGGCGUUCUCGUCGGUGAGAGCUGGGCCGAUCGCAUGGACUGCCGGCAGUGGGGUGCUCACCUGCCGCACGUCGCUGGCAUCGCGGGCCAGUCGAGUAUCGGGGCGCAAUCCGUUUGUCUCUCCGGCGGCUACGAGGACGAUGAGGACCACGGGGAGUGGUUUCUUUACACAGGAAGCGGUGGGAGGGACCUGAGUGGAAACAAGCGCACGAACAAAGCACAAUCUUUCGAUCAAGUCUUCGAAAAGUCGAACGAAGCACUGCGUGUGAGCUGUCGGAAAGGUUAUCCUGUCCGUGUGGUGCGAUCGCACAAGGAGAAGCGAUCUUCUUACGCUCCGGAGACUGCCUGUGUUCGGUACGAUGGCAUUUACCGAAUUGAGAUGUGUUGGAGGAAGGAGGGGAUUCAGGGCUUUAAGGUCUGCAGGUAUCUCUUCGUCCGAUGUGACAACGAACCUGCUCCGUGGCUGAGUGACGAGCAUGGGGAUCGACCUCGCAAGCUUCCCAACAUUCCCGAACUGGAGGGUGCCGUAGACAUAACCAAGAGAAGAACCCAACCCGCUUGGGACUGGAAGGAAGAGGAGCUCCUCUGGGGUUGGACCAUAGAUCCACCUGGGAGUAGGAUGAAUACGAGCACGAAGAGACCGUCCCGUACCUUUACCGGAUGCAAUGUCGUAGCGUCAGCAGCCCCCAAGAAGAAUCACAGCAAAAGCAUUCAAAGGAAGCUGCUUAGAGAAUUUGGUUGUGUGCUUUGUCACAAAGUGAUGCAGCAGCCGUUGUCUACGCCCUGUGCACACAAUUUCUGCAAGUCGUGUCUGUUGGCCAAAUUUGCCGCAUCAGGGGACAUGCGAGAAAGGAAGGCUGUGGGAGGGAGAUCUCUUCGAACUCAGAAAGUGAAGAAGGCGUGCCCGACUUGUCAGGCAGAUAUCACGGAUUUCAUGUCAGCUCCUCAGGUGAAUGGGCAACUGGAAGACGUGAUCGCAAGUUUACAGCGCAGUCUCGAUGAAGAGGCCGAAGAGGAGGGAGAAGAAGGAGAAGAAGAAGAAGCUGCAACAGAUUCUGAUCAUCCAAGGAAGAGGUUGAAAUCUGAAGCUGAAUCACUGAACGCGGAUGAAGUGGUCAAGUCCGUCGAUGAAGAAACUAUAGCUCCGAAUGCAGUACUUUUUGAACCUCCUGCUGUUUCAAAGCCUGAUGGUAUGCAACUUGAUAGACUGGUUGUAACAGCCCCUCUGAAGAAUCUUUCCGACCAAAUGUCAGCUCGGGCCUCGAGACAGCCUUCAAAUAAUGGGUGUUCAAACCGACCUGUGGAAGCCUCGACCAUCGAUUCUGUGGCGGGAACUAAGGAGUCUUGUGUAUCAGUAAGUGGAGAAGAGCACACCCAACUCUCCAAUCAGCUUGGAAGUGUUCUCGAGGUUGAAGGGGGGAAGAGAAAUAGGUUGACAUCUACACCGACGAAGAAAAACGUCCAAGCUUCCGAUGGACGAAGCAGCGCGGAGUGUGCUAAGAGUUCGUGCUCUUUAGAAGAAGCACGCAGCGUGCAGGAGGAAUCUCCCUUGAAAGAAGUUAGUAAUUCUCAGGAUAUGGACAAACGAGCAUUACCUGGGAGGCCAGGAAAAAUUAGAGUUACGAUUGAGAAGAUUGUCAAGGAGGGGAAAUUGUCACCUUUAAGAUCUGGAGUAAGAAGGCGGAAUAUGGUAAGGAAAUGUAAUGUCAAACACCCCGAAGAUGAGUCCCCUGAAGAGGGCGAUGGCGGUAAGGGGAAGGCCGAUUCCAAAAAGAGAGGGUCUAAGGUAGUGGAUUCUUCGCGAAGGCAAGGUGAGUGUGUAGUAAUUUCCCUGUCAGAUUCCGAAGAUGACUCUGAUGAUGCCCAACAAAAGAGUGACCAGAAGUCUCGCGACAUCAGUCAGCUCCAUACUGAAACCGAUACCCUGAAGACGUCAUGGAGAUAGACUCUCCUGCGAAGCCCGAGUAUGGUAAUCAAUUCUAAAGGAAUAGGACCGAUUGUACGAUAAAGUAACUUAUUGAUUUAAAGUAUUUAGACAACCAGUGAAAAGUGUGUUUUGUAUAAAACAAACGCCGGAAAUCAACGGCGAGCUGGAAAUUGCCAUUUGUAUAUUAUCUGAUAAAGUUGUAAAUUCCC